AUGGAUGGACUGUUGAAAGAACUGACCAAAUUGGAGAAGUUGACGACAGUGAACGGCAAAGGAAUUUCGAUAAUUCAAUCCCUAGACACUCUACUUCAAUCGCUCAAAGAAGCACGAGAAGGAUUUCUGAAAGGAACAUGCUCCGAAGAAGAUUUGAGACGUCUAGCUCAGCUUGUCGAGGCGAAGAAGAAAGAGGUUGAUGACAGACAGAAGGAUAUUUACUCAGUCUUAUCUCGCCUCGGGAAAGCUUUGGACAAGAAAUUCACGGCAACGCUGCCCACAUAUUCCGAUUUGUUUGCCUCCUCGGCUUCUGUUAUGGCCAUUGAAAGAACGAUUGCUUUACACCUUCUCAGAACUGGUCAGUUCGACGUCGCAGAGACCUUCCUCCAGGAAUCUGAAAUCGACAUAUCGAAAGACUUACGAAAUCAGUUCGUCGAGCUGCACCAGAUUCUUAGGCAUCUUAGGGGCCAUGAUAUAGGACCAGCUUUAAGAUGGGCCAAGAAAAAUCAAUCAUUUCUUCGCUCUCGUAACUCUCCCUUGGAAUUCUAUUUGCAUCGCUCGCAGUAUAUCAGACUUCUCUUAUCAACUCACCCUCCAGAUCCUAUUGCAGCAGUCCAGUAUGCACGGGAUAACUUCCGCCCUUUCUACAAUGACCACGAAACAGAAUUUCGGCGCCUGAUGGCAUGCACCGCCUUUUUACCUUUGCAUGUCCUUCAAAAUUCGACGUAUAGGGAUCUUGCUGAUCCUACAAUUCACUUUGACCUCGAACCUUUGUUUGCCAAAGAAUAUUGUGCCAGCCUUGGUAUGAGUCGACAAGUUCCGCUCAGAGUCGUAGGCGAUAUUGGUGGGGGAGGUGCAUUGGCACGGAUUGAGAAAGGUCGGAAGGUCAUGGGUGAUAGGAAGAACGACUGGAAUCAAAUGGAGGAAUUGCCAAUUGAAAUUCCCCUUGCUUCUGACAAUCGCUAUCAUUCAAUAUUCGCUUGUCUGGUUUCAAAAGAGCAAUCCACGGAAGCCAAUCCGCCUAUGAUGAUGACCUGUGGGCAUGUAAUUUCAAAGGACAGUCUGCAGAAACUAAACAAAUCCGGAGGACGUUCAAAAUGCCCUUACUGUCCAGUGGAAACUAUGCAGGGAGCUGCCCAGCGCUUGUACCUCUGA